CUGGAGCAUAGGAUGCUUUGUCGAGGUCAAGAUGCCUCCUCCGUUCCCAGAAGCGAAAAUCACCCUUGACUAUCCCUUAUAUGGCUGCGACUUCGACCCCGAGGACCCCGGGCGUCUCUUCGUCGGUGGCGGCGGAGGCAUGAGCCGCACUGGGGUCGACAACAAGAUCACCUCCCUCGAUGCCUCGUCGCGCGAAAAGCUCGAGAUCACCGGCGAGAUCACCCUGAGAAAAUAUGAGGACAACGUCGCCAGUCUCGCAGCCGGCCAGCGCAAGGGUAGAGCCACCUUGCUCUACGCCGGCAUCAGUUCCGGCGCCGAUGACCUGCAGAAAGGCAAGAACGAGCAUUUUCGCGUCCUCUCCGCCGACCAGCCCAAGGCUGCAAAGUCUUCCGUCCUGGGUGCCAGGAUCUCCGAGCUGAGCAGGACCGCCCUGUUCACCACCGACGACAAGAACACAUACCAGCGCCUGCUGAGGUUGACGCAGCCCUUCCCGACUACGUCGCAGCUGGGUGCAGUAGCCACGGGCCUGUCCAAGGACCCGCAGGUCGCGCUGUUCGAUGUCGCCGCGGGGAGCAAUGUCGCGCCCAGGAUGAGGGGCGUGCUAGACCUGAGGAGCGAGGCAGUGGAUAUGGACGUGCUGCAGACGGCUGAGGACAGGUACCAGCUCAUAUAUUGCGACAGCUACAAUAUCUACACCUUCGACGUCACCCCUGAUGCGGGCAACGCCGUGGACACUGAGCCCAGGUGUAUCU